AAACCAAAUCAUAAAAACUCUAUAAAAAUGCAAAACAAAGCUUACAUAUAUUAAAAACUUUAUGAUUCGACUCUCUUUUUCAAAUUCCACACAUAACAGGAAAUUUAGCGCAGAUCUAUAUUCAUGCUCUAAUAUUACUAUUGACCAUAAAAUAUGAAUGAUGACCUCAUCUUUUUGUUUGUUUAUUUGCACCAAAGUUAGUGUUGCUUCUAAAGCUAAAACUUUUUGUUCCUUCUAAAGCCUAAUAAAGUAUCUUGUAACAGCUCGCCUACAUUAUCACUGUCCUUCCUAUUUAAUUUUUUUCUACUAUAAAACAUAUGAUGAAGCCACGUUCUUUCACUUCUUAUUGUUGUUGCAAGUUCAAUACUACUAAUAAAUAUGUACUUCUCUUGUGCUUGCUUUUGCCACUCCCAAAUUUCAUUCAAGAUGAACUGCUGGACACCAGCUUUGGUGUCAAAAGUCCCGCUGAAUACCUGGAGAAACCAGACUGCCUCCCUUGCUCUUAGAGAAAUGAAGUCUGACCUUUUAAGUCAACAUAUUGGUGGAUUUGAAACCAAGCAUAGCAGUGGAGGGAGUUCACUGGCAGGAUCCAGAGUCACUAUUCAACUAAAUCACCAAAGAACUCUUUCUCAACGAAAAAGCUUUAGGGCGUCUGCUUGCUGGUUGCCAAGUUCAGAAGUUGCAUCUACUGCUUUCACAGUGGGAACAGCAGUAGUUCUUCCAUUUUAUACCAUCAUGGUUGUGGCUCCUAAAGCUAAACUUACCAGAAAAGCGAUGAAAAGUAGCAUACCCUACAUUGUGCUUGGACUUUUGUACGCAUAUCUAUUAUACCUCUCUUGGACACCAGAUACGAUCCGGUUGAUGUUUGCAAGUCAAUACUGGCUUCCAGAGCUGCCUGGUAUAGCUAAGAUGUUCUCCAACGAGGUGACGUUAGCUUCUGCAUGGAUUCAUCUGUUGGCUAUCGAUCUUUUUGCUGCAAGGCAGGUUUAUCACGACGGAUUGCAGAAUGAUAUUGAAACACGCCAUUCUGUGUCGCUGUGCUUGCUGUUUUGCCCUGUUGGGAUUCUUACUCACUUCAUCACCAAAGCUCUAACUAGUAGCCCAGAAAAGAGACAGCGUAGGAUUCAUUAACCAAUGUUUUAGGCCUUCUUAUGUUAUCUGUAAAUGGUCAGCCAGCAUGUGACUAUCAGCAAAGUGUAAAGAUUUUCAGUCAAUGAAAACAUAACCUGUUUCUUUAA